AUUGGGUACUAAAGUAGCCACAAAAACAACACUACGCUAGGGAGCCAGCUGACCCGACUUUUUCGUGCAAGCUCUCACAUCCCCUUUCACCGACAGCAAACGCUCGCAACAACGACGUCGACCUGUGCUUGACAAUUGCUGCCACUCGCAAAACUUCCCCCAUCUCAAUACCCAUACUGGCUAGCUGUUGAUCGAGCACCUCGCGCCGAAGCGAGUCGCUUGCAACCAUGGCGUACCACGGCCGGGGAGACGGCUACGACGGCCAUCCGAUGCAGGAUCUCCCGCCGCAUCACGGCCAGCACGACGAUGAAGCGCAAGCCGCACUGCUCAACCAGAACCAGCUAUACGACCAGGAGCGCCUGGGCGGCGUCCAUACCCCCCCUGUCCGCCCUGUCUCGGCCUACAGUCUGACCGAGUCGUACGCUCCGAAUGCCACAACCACACGGGUCGGCGCGGUUCCGACUCCUCCUCCCCAUGGGCACACCGAGUACGGCGGUGCCACAGGCUACUAUCAGCCGUCCCAGUUCUCUGGCGACCCGGCCUACCGGCCCAUGUCUACGAUCGACACGGACGAUAGCUGGCUCCAGCGCCAGCAGCCCAACGUCGCUCCUACCGGCGAUCUCAAGCGUUACGCUACAAGAAAGGUCAAACUUGUCCAGGGCUCCGUCCUGAGCAUCGACUACCCCGUCCCCAGCGCUAUCAGGAACGCGGUGCAGCCACGGUACCGCGACGAGGAAGGGAACAACGAGGAGUUCUUGAAGAUGCGCUACACCGCUGCUACUUGCGACCCCAACGACUUUACCCUUAAGAACGGUUACGACUUGCGUCCCCGCAUGUACAACCGGCAUACCGAGCUCCUCAUUGCCAUUACCUACUACAACGAAGACAAGGUUCUGCUGUCGAGAACGCUGCACGGUGUCAUGCAGAACAUCAGGGACAUUGUGAACCUGAAGAAGUCGUCCUUCUGGAACCGCGGCGGUCCCGCCUGGCAAAAGAUUGUCGUCUGCUUGGUCUUCGACGGUAUCGAGAAGGCGGACAAGAACGUGCUCGAUGUGCUGGCCACUAUCGGUGUGUACCAGGACGGUGUGGUCAAGAAGGACGUCGACGGCAACGAGACUGUCGCCCAUAUCUUUGAGUACACAACCCAGCUCUCGGUCACGCCGAACCAGCAGCUCAUCCGCCCUGUGGACGACGGGCCGAACACGCUGCCUCCGGUGCAGUUCAUUUUCUGCCUCAAGCAAAAGAACAGCAAGAAGAUUAACUCGCAUCGCUGGCUGUUCAACGCGUUUGGCCGCAUCCUGAAUCCUGAGGUCUGCAUUCUAUUGGAUGCCGGUACGAAGCCGUCGCCCAAGUCUCUGCUCGCCCUUUGGGAAGGUUUCUACAACGACAAGGAUCUCGGUGGCGCCUGCGGUGAAAUCCACGCCAUGUUGGGCAAGGGCGGCAAGAAGUUGCUGAACCCGCUGGUGGCCGUGCAGAAUUUUGAGUACAAGAUCUCCAACAUCCUCGACAAGCCGCUCGAGAGCGCUUUCGGUUACGUUAGUGUCUUGCCCGGUGCCUUCUCGGCAUACCGGUUCAGGGCGAUCAUGGGCCGUCCCCUGGAGCAAUAUUUCCACGGUGAUCACACGCUGUCGAAGAUCCUGGGCAAGAAAGGUAUCGAGGGCAUGAAUAUUUUCAAGAAGAACAUGUUCUUGGCCGAGGACCGUAUCCUCUGCUUCGAGCUGGUCGCCAAGGCCGGCCAAAAGUGGCAUCUCAGCUACAUCAAGGCGGCCAAGGGCGAGACGGAUGUGCCUGAAGGUGCUCCCGAGUUCAUUAGCCAGCGUCGUCGUUGGCUGAACGGUUCUUUCGCUGCCAGCUUGUACUCGCUCAUGCACUUUGGGCGCAUGUACAAGAGCGGCCACAACAUCCUGCGCAUGUUCUUCUUCCACAUCCAGCUCAUCUAUAACGUUCUCAACGUCAUCUUCACCUGGUUCUCCCUGUCUUCGUACUGGCUCACAACAUCCGUCAUCAUGGAUCUCGUCGGCACCCCGGUCCCCGCGUCGUCCACCAGUUCGUUGCACCACGCCUGGCCAUUCGGCGAUUCUGCCACGCCCUUCAUCAACGCGGUCCUCCAGUACAUCUACCUGGCAUUCGUCAUCCUGCAGUUCAUCUUGGCCCUGGGUAACCGGCCCAAGGGCUCCAAGUGGACAUACAUCACCUCGUUCAUCGUCUUUGCCAUCAUCCAAGCUUACGUCAUUGUUCUUUCGGGCUACCUCGUGGCGCAGGCCUUCAGGACGCCCAUAGGCGACCAGAUCAAGUUUGACAGCGCCGAGAACGCGCUCGAGUCGCUGUUCGGCGGCACGGGCGCGGCGGGCGUCAUCCUGGUCGCGCUGAUCACCAUCUACGGUCUCUACUACCUGGCGUCGUUUCUGUACCUCGACCCUUGGCACAUGUUCCACUCGUUCCCCUACUACAUGCUGCUCAUGUCGACCUACAUCAACAUCCUCAUGGUGUACGCCUUCAACAAUUGGCACGACGUGUCGUGGGGCACCAAGGGCUCGGACAAGAACGACGCGCUGCCGUCGGCGCAGGUCAGCAAGGGCGAGAAGGACGAGGUGGUGGUGGAGGAGAUUGAGAAGCCGCAGGAGGACAUCGACCAGAUGUUUGAGCAGACGGUGCGCCGGGCGCUCGCCCCGUUCAAGGAGGAGGAGAAGCCCGAACCCAAGGACCUCGAGGACUCGUACAAGUCUUUCCGGACCAUGCUCGUCGUGUCGUGGCUCUUCUCGAACUGCUUGCUUGCUGUUGUCAUUACUAGCGACAACUUCAACUCGUUUGGCAUCGGGCAAACCGCGACGGCGCGCACUGCCUGGUUCUUCAAGUUCUUGUUGUUUGCCACGGCCGCGCUCUCCAUUGUCCGCUUCAUCGGCUUCCUGUGGUUCCUCGGCAGGACCGGCAUCAUGUGCUGCUUUGCCCGGCGCUGAAGCAGAGGUGAAGGUUGGGUCCAGAUUUCCGGUUGUUUAUCAAAUUUGCCCCAUCCUGUUUUUCUCGCUCAUGCUCGCCUUUUCCGGUUUGGCUCUUGGGUAAGCCUCGUGCCGGGUGUCUAGCCCCUGGAUAUUUUUCGAAGAGAAUUCAUCUAGCAGGGCUACUUGCGGACAGGCUCGAGGACUUUUUCAACUGGAAAGCCCAUUUCUUAUCCAGUUCUGCCGGCUUGUUAGGAUAUUGUGUGCGUACGGAAGGACAUAAAAUCGGGCUUUUUUUU